UUCUUUUCUACCCUCAUGUCGAAGGUUCCGCACCCUGACUUGCACCUUGCACGACUUGACGUGCUGCCCAUUCGCCCCCGCGUGCUUGCGCGACGCGUGUGCGUGCGUGAUCCGCCGCGGGACACUGUCGAGGCCUUCAAGACAAUGCUGGGCGACCUCAGCUCGGGUAGCUCGGAGGCCACCUAUCUGCUGCCCGCCCUGUAUUUCCUCCUGGACACCGCUAGCAUCCCGCCGGUGGAACAACUCGCGGAGCUCUCUCCCGCGCUGGAGAAGGCGGUCGCUGACUGGGCUGCGUACCUCGCUUUCUUCCUCGCCAAGGUAGACCCCAAGCCGGGGCCCGCGUAUACGGCCACGUGGCUUCGUGUUUUCCCGUGGAUCGAGUUUUUCGGCACUUAUGGCCCGUCGUUGCCGACCACGCCGCUGGGGCCUGCGUUCGUGCAGGCGUUUCUGUCUCACGGUGCCGAAGCGCGCGUAAUCGGCCUCGAUGGCAUAAACGUGUCAUUCUCCUUCCUUGUUGGGCAGGAGCUGGCUGCUAUGUUCAACAGUGCGAGGAUUGUGGAAGAAACUGGGGCUGACGAUGCCCGCACGAUUGUCUUUGCGUUCAUCGAUCCGGGCAAGGAAGAGGGCACCGAUGAAAUGGACGUCCCGUCUUUUCUGGAGGGCGCCGGCGGGAUGCAGCGGUGGGCCGCCGUGUUGGGCGGGAACCUGCGCAAAAUAGUCCGGAAAUGGGCAACGCCCACCAACUCAUGGGUCACCGAGCACAUGAUGACAUGCAUCGAUGCGUUCGUUGUGGCGGCGCGCACCACCCUCUCUGUCUUGGAAGGCGAUGAGGCCGCCUACGACCGGUUUCUCGAUGGUCUGGCGGCAGCGCGCUUCCCCGCUGGGCUCACAACCGCGCUGGGGGUCCUCGCGAGGCCAUGCGACACUGCAGACAAGAGCAUUCAGGCGUUCCAUCAGGAGACGCAAAAAGAGGCCCUCAUUUUGCUGAGGCUAUUUCUCGAUGUGGGCAUGUCCCGCACCCUGUUGUCAUGUGCCACGCGCGGCCUUUUACCAUCUCUGGCGGCACUUGCAUCCGCGAACACCGCCACGCUCGUCCAAGACGAAGUGCAAGAGAUACUCAACCAGUUGCUCUUCCCGGAGCUUGUCAAUCCGCAGGUGGUCCGAGUACUUGCCAAGGACACCGAGUUCCCCAUCGACGAAAUUCCCUUCGCUGCCCUCCGACAACGCUUUACCGCAUUCAUCGCCCAACUCAAACGGCAAACCGAGCUCGUGGCGCUGUGGGCUGAAUGGAAGCAGCACGACUGCAGGCUCUGCGACGGAGUUGCGUGCACCACGCAAAGCGCCCACAACGGCGUGUGUUCCACGUGCCACUUCCGCGCGUACUGCUCCCUGGGUUGUCAGCGGUCGGACUGGACCACGGGGCGUCACCGCGAAAUGUGCCCCGAGUACCGCGAAUCGUCGCUGGACUCUGACGAGCGCACAACCCCGCAAACGCGCUCGUUUCUGCGCUUCCUGAUGGCGGAGGGCUAUUCUCAAAACUACCCCGGCCCCGCUGCGGGCCCCAACAUUGCACUAUUCGACCACCGGCAGGGGGAGCAUUCGUUUCAGGGGCAGUACUUUGACGCACUCUCCGAAGCCGCUGUGCUGGAGGGUAUCCUCGACGCAGGGAUGUGGGCGGACUACGGCGCCCGUGCGGCCCGGGAUGUGGCACUCGGCAUUGGGUGGAAUAUAUGUCUGCUGGGAAAGCAACACUACGACAGACCGCUGGUGUUUAUCCAUCGGGUGGUGCGGACUAGUUAG